AUGAUGAAUUCUACAUUCUCCUUGAUAAACGAAAGCGACUUUUUGACAACAUCGACUAAGCUACCAUGUCGAGAACAACAGCUCAGAGCUUUAACUACUCUAGUUUCGCCGUUUGGCGCCCAAUGUCGUAACGUCGUCCUUCAUGGUCUUGAAGCUACUGGGAAAAAAUCUGUAGCCAAACUAGUACUUGAUCACUUAUCGAAGGACAAUCACAAUGUUACUAAAAAUGAUAGAGGAAAUUCUGAGUGCUCACUUCGAUAUAUUUUUCUCAACAUCGUAGAAUAUAUUGGGAGUAGACAUCUUUUUGAGCAAACGAUAGGGCUGAUAGCCAAGACCUUGGAUUCUGAAAGGGUCCCAGGAUUGGUUGGGAAUAUUUCAGAAUUCGCAGUUGAGAUUCAACUUCUAAUUGAAGAAUGGAAUUCCGGGACUACUGGCAGAAAGAGACUCGUUCUUGUCUUUGACGGAAUAGAUAAGAUGCGAGAUCCAUUACCCACCCUCAUUCCCGCUAUCGCUCGCAUGGCUGAAAUGAUACAAAGCCUGACGAAUAUUUUUAUAGUUACCUGUCCUAGACCUCUCUUUCUUCACAUCCCAGGCGUUCCUCACAUCGCUUUUCCAUCUUACACAAAAGCCGAAUGCAUACACCUAAUAACUCUUAUUAAACCAUUCCCGCUACUACCUAAGAAGGAAGAAACUAAACCGACCUGGUGUCGGUUCACGAUGGCUGUUUAUGACUCAAUAUCCAAGCAUUGUGGUAGAGAUAUUAUAUCUUUUAGGGAUCUCUGCUUACGACUUUGGCCACUAUUUACACAACCGAUAAUUUCAGGUGAUAUAGAAGCUAAUCCAUUCUCCCGCCUCAUGGUGGCAAACCGACAUCUCUUUCAAGACGAUUCAGACCAAUGUUACACAAACAUUGCAGACCUUCUUCCAUCUUACUCCCGUCUCCUCCUAACAGCAAGCUAUCUAGCAUCCUUCAAUCCAUCUCGGAACGACGCCUUAUUUUUUAUCAAAAAAUCUGCUGAUAAGCGCCGCAAAAAAGGUGGUGGUACGGCCCUUACAUCAUCCAAACCAGGUGUCUCUAAGUCACGCAAGAUUCCACGCAAGCUACUUGGCGCUCAAGCAUUUGUACUGGAGCGUAUGCUAGCAAUUUUUCAUACUAUUCUAGAGGACUCUGAUAUUAGGAAAGGAACUACUAGUGGAUUUACUGUACGGAGGUCAAUACUCAAUGGUAGUGCAGAUGUACAGAUGGGUCUAGCUACACUUGUUAGUCUUCGGCUUCUGGUAAGAAUUGGAAAUUUAAAUGCAGGGGACAUAUUAGAUGCAGGCAUGAAAAUUCUCAACUUUAAUCACUCAAAAUCUCUUAAUCUGUUGCUCAAUGUGGACGCUCACGUUGAAUACUUGUCAACUAUUUUGGAACAAUCUGGAGACAAUACUUUUAGGCAAGAUUUUGUCGACUAUCCCCAAUGA